AUGCCUGGUCAGGCAAUCCCACUCCUUACCAUCCAGUCCACUGCUGGCACAUCUCACGUGGCAGAGAUAAUCGAGUCCCAGAUCCAUGUUGAGCGCAGCACCGCCAACUUCUUCUCCAUUUACCGAUAUGCCAACGCCUCGCAGUUAUGUAUGCUGUGCGUAUCAGGAUGUUGUGCGGUAGCCGCCGGUGCAGCAAUGCCAUUGGUGACCGUCGUGUUCGGCGCAUUGGCAGAUGAAUUCAUCAACGGAGAACACCAUACAUCGCAGGAGAUUCGAGACCAGGUCCAGCAUCUCACGCUCUUCUUGGUAUAUAUCGCAAUCGGGUCAUUGGUCACCACCGCUAUUAGCACACUAGGCUUCAAUUUCAUCGGAGAGCAGAUAGCCCGCCACCUGCAGCAGAAAUAUCUUUCUUCGGUUCUGCAGCAGAACAUGGCUUAUUUCGAUGUAGUCGGAACCGGGGAGCUCACAUCCCACAUAGAUCAAGAUAUGAAAUGGAUUCAAGCUGGCAUCUCGCAGAAGAUGGGUGACCUUCUGUCCGGCCUGUCCGGCUUCGUGGUCGCCAUUAUCUGCGCAUUUGUACGGAACUGGCGCUUUGCAGGGAUCAUGUUAUCCCAGCCGAUCACUUUGAUUCUACUCGUGGGAUUGAUGGGGUAUUGGCUGAGUGUGGUGCAGCAGAUGGGCUUGGCUGAACGUGUUCAAGCGGACAAUUUAGCCCAGGAAGUAUUCAGUGCCAUGAGGAGCGUUAUUUCUUACCGAAGCCAGGAAAGGUAUGCUAAGAAGUAUCGAAAGGCCUUGGGCCGCCCAGCGGCCUUGGACUUCCGGGAGCGGUUAAUAUUUGGAGUGAUUGUUGCGGGCUCUUUCAUGACAUUGCACUGGGGAAAUGGGCUAGGUUUCUGGCAGGCUGAUCACCUCGUCCGUCAAGGGCGUUGCACCAUAUCAGAGGCUUUGACUAUCUUGUAUGCAAUGUCUGUUGCAGGUGGGAUGCUAUGCCAAGCGUUGCCAUGUGUUGUUAACGUCACCCAGGCUCAUGCGGCAGCCAGUCGCGUUUUCUCAGUCAUAGAGCAGGAUUCGCCUAUGAUUUCGAUGGUAGGUACUGGGAAGACAUACAGUCAGGUCCGAGGGGCAGUCCGGCUAGAAGGCGUACACUUUGCGUAUCCUUCGCGACCUGAGCGGACUGUUUUGAGAGGCGUCACUUUCGACGUGCCUGCUGGACACACAGUAGCCUUGGUGGGACCAUCAGGAUCAGGAAAAUCAACCAUAUUUGCCCUUUUAGAACGGUUAUACCACCCACUCGGUGGCCGCAUCACUCUGGAAGGUGAGCGGAUCGAUGAGAUGGAUGUCUCAUGGUUACGGUCUCAGAUCGGAUAUGUCGGCCAAGAGGUUACUCUGUUUCGUGCAUCAAUGCACGAGAACAUUGCGUAUGGGCUUCCCAGAGCUGCCGCUGAGAAAAUGGACGCAUCUGCGAUUCGAAGCCUAGUUAUCCAGGCUGCUGAAACUGCUCAGAUUCACUCGUUUAUUGAGAAUCUGCCCCAUGGGUACGACACCCUAAUUGGUGCAAAUGAAUCGAGUCUCUCCGGGGGUCAGAGGCAACGGAUUGCUAUCGCCCGUGCCAUCAUAUCUCAACCAGCAAUUCUACUGCUGGACGAGGCUACAGCUGCCCUGGAUAGUCAGUACGAAAAGGAAGUCCAAGAAGCUCUCAGCAAGGCUGCUUCAGAGCGAACCACCUUGAUAAUAGCCCAUCGGCUAUCGACAAUCCAGAAUGCCGAUAUCAUCAUUGUGAUGAAGGACGGUCAGGUUCUAGAUCAAGGUUCUCACUUAGAACUAAUGGCCACAUCCACAAUGUACCAAGAACUAGUGAGACAGCAGACACUCCGAUCAUGUUACCGAUCAGAGGACGGUAUUGCUAGCCAGCCACCAACCCUAGCAAACAUCCACAAAGAGCAUCUUGGGGACAUCUCAGUCAAUAGCAAUACCCUAGAGACGCCAGAAGAUGCUCCACUGCCACACAGCAAUAGCAUCAAGCAUGUUUGGCAUCUCAACAAGCCAGAGUUGCCUUACGCUACCGCAGGCGUCAUUUUCAGCGUUUUAGCUGGAAUGACAUAUCCAAUCCAAGCGAUCUUCUUCGGCAACGGAGUCAUGUCCAUCAUUAGCCCUAGUCUGAGCACUGGCCGACACAACGUUCGCUUUUGGGCCCUAUUGUAUCUUGCUUAUGGUGUCGUUGUGUUUGUGGUUUAUUGUGUACGGGGAUACUGCUUUGCCGUGUCUGCAUCUCAGUUAUGUCUUCGAGCUCGUUCCCAUUUGUUCAAAGCUUUGGCCCUGAAGAACCUCCCUUUCUUCGAGAUUAAAAAUCACUCGACUGGGGCCUUGGUGAGUUUCCUCUCAUCUGGAACUCCAAAAAUCACCGGUAUUUCGGGAACCUCAUUGGGACUCGUGGCCGAAAGUGUUGUAAUGCUCGCGACAGGAAUUACAGUUGGAUGCAUCUUUGGAUGGAAACUUGGUCUCGUCGCGACAGCAACGGUCCCAGUGAAGCACGUCAAGCGUGACACCAAUGCCGUGGCCGUUGCACAUGAGGCAUUUACUGCCAUCAAGACAGUGACUGUCCUCGGUCUGCAGAGGACCAUCAGCGAGUCCUUCCAAAGGGAAAGCCAGCGAGACAGCCAACGCAGGUACUGGGUUGUAUCUGCCAUCAUAUAUGCAUGCACCACUUCUCUUCGCAUAUUAAGCAUUGCUUUCGUAUUCUGGUACGGAGGUACUCAUCUUAUCGCAACUGGCGAGUACAACGUCCAGCAGUUCUUCAUUUGCUUUGCAGCCACGGUCUGGGGGUCCCAGUCUGCGUCUGCUCUUUUCGCACAUGCUCCUGACAUUGCGGGCGCCCAUGCCGCUGCUGCUCGACUGGAGGAACUAAUGCAAACCAGCAGCUCAGAGCUCUCCAGGCAAGGCAAAAGCGCAUACACCAAGGUACCAGACACAACCGAGGAUAUGCACUGCGACACGUGA